AUAGUUCCGUUAUGCGCUUUUGCACGCGCGUCCGCGCGUUGGGCGCGUCGUCGGUUUCACGUUUUGAGCCUGCCUGAUUCCUGUCUGAUCUCAAUGCUGUUUCGUGUUUGAACGCUUCCCAACGCUCUCCGCGUGACAUUUUCACCGUUUUGCGCCGUUUUUUCGGCUGAAACCGGCGAGAAAUUCACCGCAUCGGAGUGCCGUGACGUGUUCUCGAUGCACUGUGCACGUGCGCCGCCGUAUCGUCUGCAAAUGUGUCACCCUUGCUAGGCCUAACGUGCUAAGAAAACCCCAUCUCAUCACACAACUCUUCUGAUAUGCAACCUGCCCGAGUAAAGUCUACGAAAUUCCCUCUCUCGCUGGUCGAAACAUGUCAAAAACGCUGCUGGGACUCAAAAAAGAUCCUCGAGGUUUGUGUCCACUGAACAAGGAGGACGAGCUCCUCACGGCAGAAGUCGAAGAAGACGACUACGAUGCACUCAACGACGAAACCUUCGGCGCUGGCCUUGAGGAGGACUGGGAGGAGGCCCACGAGAAGUUUGCGGAGCUCGAGGACAAGGGGAAGACCAUCCCUUGCGGUCCCCUGGUCCCCAAGACCCUCCACGAAGAGGACGACCCCUACAUCCUACACGAGGAGGUGGUAGAGCGGAGUAUCUCCCACCUGGGGCUAGAGGACGACCAUGACUAUGACCCGGCCAUCAGGGCGUACUCCAAGGCCGUGUCCUCGCCACGGCCAAUGGAGUGGUCUCGCCCUGUCUCGCCACCGCCUCCGGCAAUUCUCCAGCAGGAAUUUGGGGGCUCGCCCAAGACGGAGACGAUAUGGACGCCGAAACCUGUGCACCCCCCUCCGCCUGAGGACAGGCUCACCUCCCUGCUGUGGAAGCUGCGCCAGCAGAGUUCACCAACUCAGGUGGCUCCGGGCCAGUCUUCGCUGCCAGCGACUGCGAGGACACUCGAAGACCUGGAGCGAGACAUGCUUCGUCCGGCCGGGAGUAACCCCGUCCCCAUCGGGAGUCCGCAGAGGGUUCACCGGGGCUGGAGUCCAGGGAUGCGGGCGGAGCAAUUGGAGCGGGAACUCCUGGGGCACCCGCAGCAGCCCUUCUCCUCCGGGGCACCCCCUUGCACUUCCCCGAGGGGACGCUCCUUCUCCGACCUGGAGCCCGAAGCGGCGGCGCGGAGGCGCCAGCCACCCCCGCUUCCCGAAGGGUCGACGCACUUCCGCGGGACCGCCUUCUCCCCGGACGUCUUUGGAAGCCCGCCGUCGGCGAGCCAGGGCUAUCCCGGGGGCCGCGGCCUCCCUCUAGCCAGGUCCCGGCCCUGCAUGUCGCCACCCGUGGCACCUGCCGCCGGGGCGCUGCCGCCACCGCACGGCCGUCUUUCGCCGGGCCUGCUGCCGCCCAACUUUGCAGGUUCCAGGAUGCCCCUCUCUGUACCACCACCGGUGCAUCCGAUGAUGGGCAGGGGGCGCAUGAUGGGCCACUUCCCACCAGUCAUUCUCAACAAUGCAAUGCAUGGCCGAAUGCCUUUGCCAGGAGGACCUCCCGGCUUUAGGCCCGGCAUCGGCUCCAUGGACCUGCGACGACUGCUCUAUCCUCGUCAGGUGCAGCACCCUCUUUUGAAUAAGAACCAGGUGCGGUUCCCUCCCCCGAACCACCUGCACCACAUGUACCAGCCCCAGUAUGGGGGCCACGGCAACAGUAGCAACGGGGGACAGUACCAGGACGGACCCUUCCAGCACCUGGGUGCCUUCCAGCAGCACCAGCAGCACCAGCAAAGGCUGCUCUAUGGCAGGGAUGGACCCUACCAGCAGCAGGCGCAGCAGGAGAGGUCCGGGAGCGAGGACCCGUACGCGGGGCUCAUGACGCAGAAGGAGAAGGACUGGCUGGUCCGCAUCCAGCUGCUCCAGGUGCAGCCGGAGAACCCCGAGGUGGAGGACUACUACUACCUGAUGUACACGAAGAAGAAGAACGAGCUCAGGGAUUCCGUGAGCGUUGACGGCGGAGACGGCGACAAGCUGCGGUUCCUCAGGCCAGAGAGAGUACGGACAGAGUCCAAGAACUACACCCCAAUCCAGUUUGAGCGUUCCCUGGGCAAGCUGCAGGUGGUGAGCGUCAACUACCCCCGCAAGAUCCUGGACAUGGGGGUCCAGCGCCUGUCCGAGGAGGAGGACCGCACCGUGCCCCCGGACAGGGACCUCCUCUGGUUCCGCCAGCUCAUGCUGGACAUCGAGAAGCUCUACACGCUUGUGCUGGCCCACGAGGACGGCAGCUGUCCACCGGAGCGCCGGGCGGAGCUGUCGGAGCGCCUGUUUGCGGAGGUGCAGCCAUCCGAAGACAGGCUCCUGCAGCUGAUGAGCAUCCGCAAAGGGCGGGCCCUCGUGCUCAGGAUCCUCCCCAUCCUCGGCCGGCAUCACGGCGUGUCCACGCUGGCGACGGUGCUUCGCCACAUUUCGCUGCUACAGCGCAAGGACAGGCUGGACGGCAUCCUGCGGGGUGGGCUGCGCAGCGUGUCUCUGGUGGCGAGCCACGCCUCCCUUUCAGACUUGGUUCAGCUGGCAGCCAGCCUGAUGAUGAACCCAGUGCCCAGUUUGGCAAACCCCUUUGCUGUGCGCGUGACCUGCAGCCUCAUAGAGCGCGCGGAACAAAUUUUUCUCGAAGAGGGUGAUUCCGCGAGCAACGAAGAACAACGGAAGUGGACGAAGCUCCUGUCGGAGAUGGCGGACCACCUUUGGCUCCUGGUGACCUCGCCCGAGGGUCAAGUAGACGAGGAGGCCCUGAACUCGCUCCCGCUGCUCACGAGAGAGCGCCACUGCCUGUCAUCUCACCUGCGCCGCUUCGCCCUCAUGCCGAACCUCGCGGAGGCGCUCUCGCGGUCCCCGCGAGAGCAACAGCACCAUCAGCAGCAACUGCAGCAGCAGCAACACAACGGCUUUGGAGACAUUGGUGUGGCGGCGCUGGGUUAGGCUCUCGGCCCCCCCCUUUGUGCGUGCGGCCAUCCCUACGGACCGGUCAUCCCUCCCAGGCUUGCGCGAGAGUUGGACUCUGUCGUUUGGGAAAUGGGGGUGGGGGGAGGAGAAGUUUGCUUCGUGCAGUCACCACUGUGAACGGUCGCUUUCCGAAUGGUUAGUUCUUGGCAGGAAACCUUGCGACGAGGGCGGAGUUCACCUCCAAUUUUAAAGUGCCGCACUUUGAUUUUUUUUUUUUUUUUUUUUCUUAGGGAAAGGGGUGGGGUUGCCUUGCGCAGUGCAGUCACUACUACUUUAAGCAGUCGCUUCCCGAAAGUUUACUUCUUGGGGGAGAGAUAACCUCAUGACGAGGGCCGUGUUUACCCACUAAUUUUCAAGUGCUGCACUUUGAUUUCAAUUCUUCUUUUUGGGGGGAAGGGGGUGAGGGAGGGUAACUUCAGCUUGGCGGGAUAUGAUGGGAACGUAAGGUUAGGAUAUGUGAAAGAAACUAUUUGGGGCAGUCAAUUCGGUGAAACCGACUUACGCGGACCUUGUGUGAGGUGUCCAUCGCGGUUACUCCAGGGGAAGUGCGCUGUCGAGCGUCUCGGCGAUUACAUUGCUUGAACAACCGAAGGUGAUGCAGACAGAGGUUGCAUAGACAGUUGCGCUGGACGAAAUAUGUGCAGGAAGUGUGGUUAUCAAGAGGGCAUAAAAUUUGUCUGUAUUUCCAGGGAGUGAAGGAAAGUCUAGAAGAACUUCCCUUGGUUUUCACGUGUACAGGUGCAUUUGAGGUUGCACACGAAAUAACGAGCAAAGUUUUUUUUAUGUACGGCUGAGCAAGUGAUCAUACGUUGUUUCAUUUCUACGCUAGUUUCUUAAGAUAAAGCUAGCGUUCCUUUCUGGUUUUAUGUUCUCAGAAGUGUGACAGCUUGGACGUAAACUGGGACGUUCGGUCGGAAGCUUUUGUUGUUGUCUAAAGUUCUAAGCUAUGUUUUUUUGUUUUUUGCACCUGUUCAGGCAAGGCCAGUGGUGCUGUCUCUUCACUUCCUCGAAGCUUUUGUUUCAAUUAAAGUGCCAUGAAAUUUUCAAGAAUACAAAGCGUGUAGGUACACAGAAAAAGUUCUCGAACUUGCUGUAAAAACGUAAUUAUUCUUUUGCUUCAUUUUACUACGACAGCCAGUUGUUACGUAAACGAGAAAUUGGUGUUUAAAUAAUGUUGACUUAGUGCAGGCCGAAGUUCAGCCAAUAGAGCCAUAGUUUCAAGCCUUCAUUCCCGUAACGAACGGGGGAGGAGGAAGUUGGCCAUUUAUGUGACGAUAAAUCAGCGAAUGUAGAUCAUCCGUGGGAAUUUACCCUUUUUUUCGUGAAAACUAAAGGAAACGCUUACGCUGACAGUUUUGCUAGAGACGACUUCUAUUUGUUUUACAUUCAAAGACUAAAGUGACUGUCAACGUUACCUACAUCCUCUCGUCGUAACCUUUCGUUGUCGCUACACUUGGUUUCUUUUUUCGUUAUACUUUUGCGUGAAUCACUGUUUUCGCUCAAAAGUCUCAGUAAUCUCAGCGUCCGCAUUUUUGGUUACGGACGAGUAAAACUUUCCCUAAACUCGCUACUUUUUUUUUUUUACAUUUUAUUUUCUGUUUCUUUAGGAAAGACGGUUCUUGUGGCUCUGCUCGUACCUUCAGAAUGACUUUGUGCAACUUUUGAAAGUUGUUGCCUGUUGUUUUCUUUUGCUUUUCGUUGUUUCCGAAAGAACGAUGCAAGGCAAGCAUCUGGGAACAGGGCGCCGACAUUUGCUACAGGCGUUGCCAAUGUUCUCACUUUGCAGAAUCUAGGAGGCACGUGCGUCGUGCGAGCAAAUGAAAUGGGUCCUUUCAAAUGUCUCGCAAGUGCAUGCCAGGCAGCCUUUUUUUUUUUUUUUAGCUCUUCUCGAACAUUUUGUUGGGAAAAAAACAUUUGCGUUGCCAAGCCCCAUUUUUGCAUUUGGGUUUUAACAUCUGUACGUAGAGCACUGCAUCGUUGUGUAAAGUGACUUCUGCAAUGGUAGGUUGCUCCCCCUUGGUGGCCAUGUUCGGAGACAGAAAUGACACGCUUGAGUUGAUCUGUCAACAACCUUCAAUAAUUUGCCCCCCCCCCCCCCCCUUGCCUUCUGCUGAAGUGUUGCAAUAAGGUCUCAACUUUUGAGGGGGAACAUUUCUUGUUUUUGUUUCUUUUUAUAGAGGGGCGCUUUUUUCUAUUUGUACAUUUUGAGAGCAAGGAUCGCUUUUGAGAGGGUCCGACACGUGUAGCAUCCACGUUUUUUUUACUUGUGCAUUUCUUUUCUUUGCCCUCGUUCAAUUUGCGGCAGAGACAGGGUCGAGAGUUCUCUGCGGCGAGAAGUCAUCGCUGUACAGUUUUCUUGUUUUGGUGUACAAGAGGUGGCAUCUUCCUCAUCUCGCCCCCUUCCUACUUUGAAGAAAAAAAAACUUAAUUGUUGCUCAUAAAACUUGAUUGGAGUCACUUUU